CCUUGGGGCCGUGCGUCCCCGCGGCCUCCCGCUUUAUGGCCGUUGCCCGUGGCAGGGGCUCUGUUGACUUCCGGCCACCGCGCCGCACCGCGCAUGGGGCGCCCCACGGCCAUGGCGCAGCCCGCCGAGGAGGACGAGCUGCCGGUGCCUGAAUCUGGUGCUAUUUUUACAUUCGGAAAAAGCAAAUUUGCAGAAGAUGUUCCUAGCAAAUUCUGGUUCAAAAACGACAAGCCUGUACAUAUAUCAUGUGGGGAUGAACAUACUGCUAUUGUUACAGGAAAUGGUAAACUGUACGUGUUUGGCAGUAACAACUGGGGCCAGUUAGGACUAGGAUCAAAGAACACGGUCAGCAAACCAACAUGUGUUAAAGCUUUAAAACCAGAAAAAACAAAACUUGCUGUUUGUGGAAGAAACCACACUUUAGUUUACACAGAAAAAGGAAAUGUAUAUGCUGCUGGAGGUAACAGUGAAGGUCAGUUGGGAUUAGGUGACACAGAGGAAAGGACCACAUUUCAUUUAAUUAGUUUUUUUACCAGCCAGCACAAGAUCAAACAGCUAGCAGCUGGAUCAUAUACCUCAGCAGCUGUAACUGAGGAUGGGCAGCUUUUUGUGUGGGGUGACAAUUCGGAAGGUCAAAUCGGCCUGGCCGAUGAAGCCUGUGUCAGUGUCCCUUGUCAAGUGGAUGUUGGAAAACCUGUUUCUUAUGUAUCCUGUGGAUAUUACCACUCUGCCUUGAUAACAGGAGAUGGGGAGCUGUACACUUUUGGAGAACCUGACAAUGGGAAACUGGGACUAUUGCCUGAACAACUGAAGAACAAUAGAGUCCCACAGCCUGUACUUGGAAUUAUGGAAAAGGUUAAUAAGGUAGCUUGUGGUGGAGAACAUACAGUGGUGCUGACAGAAACAGAUGUAUAUACUUUUGGACUUGGACAAUAUGGACAGCUGGGACAUGGUACUUUCAUUUUUGAAACUUCAGUCCCGAAAUCUGUGAAACACUUGAGGAGGCAUAAAAUAUGUAACAUUACAUGUGGAGAAAAUCAUACUGCUGUAAUAGCAGAGAAUGGCCUCAUGUUUACUUUUGGAGAUGGGCGACAUGGCAAGUUAGGCCUUGGAGAAGAGAGUUUUACGAAUCAGUUUGAUCCCACUUUGUGUUAUAAUUUCUUGAGCUUCACGGUCCUUUUGGUUGCUUGUGGUGGUUGUCACAUGCUAGUUUUUGCUGCUCCAAGACCUAAAGGAUCUGAAGAAGUACUCUUAGAAGAUUUAUCUGAGAACGAUUUCAAUGCUACUAUCUCUAAAAUAAGUGGAGAAUCACUACUAACAAACACAUUACAACUAACAUCAGCACGAAUGCGACGUCGAGAGAGGGAAAAUUCACCAGAACAGUUUGUUCGAAUGGCACGAAGUCUGCCUCCACUGGGAGAAAGCUUCUUAAAAUCAUCACUGCCUGUGACUAGCAACACUAGCCCACUCUGGUUUUCUACGACAAGUCUUCCUAAAGCUGAAUCUAGGAAGGAUAGAGACCAUGGAAAAGGAAAGAAUCAUCAAAAAGAUGAACUCAGUGAAGACUCUGCAGAAGAUUCAGAUAGUGAAAAUAAUGACAGAAACCUUGGAGAUACAACUGACAUCCUGAAUAUGACACAUGCAAUGAAAUUGAAUCCCAGUGACCAGUCCUUAAAAUUAUCACCACUCCAAAAACAAAAGAAGAACAAUAAAAAUGUGAAACUGAAAAGAGAUGGUAAGGGUGGGAUGAAAAACAAGGAUUCUGAUUUCAUGAAGGAGGGCUCAAAAUUAGACUCUAGCUCUUUACAGAAGCAGUGUUCACUUUCAGAAUCAUCAAGACAAGAUUUAGAAAAAAGCAGUGCCUUUGUAGAGAAACCUAUGGCCAAAAAAAAUACAAUGAAAGGUCAAUUGGAGCAUGCCCAAAGUGUAAGAACUUUGAAAAGUAGUGUUCAACAAAUUACUAGGGACAAAUGCAGAUCAGUGAAAAGGGAAAAAGAAUAUAAGGAAAAUCCUGAAUUUGUCAGAGAGGAAGUAACUUGUAAUAUUCCCAUUGAAAAACAAAUUCUGACUGAAAAAACAAAUUCUUCCAAUAAAAAGUCAAAACCUGUUGCAUCUAAACAAUCCCUUAAAAUAGAGGUACUUCCUUCUGCAUCCAGGGAUCUGCCUCAGACCAAUUCAUUAACUGUACAAAAAUACAAUCCUGUUAAAAAGCAAGUAAGUCUAGAAGCAGAAAGUAAAGAAAAAAUAAAGGAAGUUGAAAAAUCUGAUAAAUGUGAAAGAAUAUGCACCAAAGAAGAAGAAAACAAUAAUGAGCAGAGAAAGUUUAAAAAAAAGGAUCAAAUUUUGAAACAAAUAGCUGUAACUAUGUCAUCAUCUUCAACUGAGGAAAGUAGUAAUGAGCCUGCAAAAUACAUACUUAAGAGUAGGGAGAAAGAAGAGGAUGACUCUGAAGACAGAGCGAUCCAGAAGGCAAUGAAAACAGUAGAAACUGUGAAAGAUUUAGACUUGGAAAAAGAAGACAGUGAGAUUGAGGAGAUGCAAGCUACAAACAAUGAGAAAGAAUGUGUGGAAGAGACUGAUAUAAGAAGCCUGAAUGAGGAAGAAACAAACUCUGAUGCUAAAUCUGAUGAAGAAAGGCAGUUAGAAAUUAGGAAUGAGGAGGAAUCUAAUCAAGAGCAGGAGAGUGAAGGCAGUGAAAAGAGCGAAAGUGAAAAAGAAAAAACAGAUGAAAGAGUUGACAGCGCAGGUGAACAAGGGGACGAAGAAGAGAGUGAAAUUCAAAAAGAUAGAGAUGGAGUUUCAGUAGAAAGAGAUGAAGACGAAGAGGAAAAAGAUAAUAAGGAAGAAAAUGAAGGUGAGGAAUCGGAAGCUGAAAGAGACAGUGAGAAUGAGGAUGCAGAGAAGAUUGAAGAGCUUAAUCAGGAAGAUGGCAAAGAACAAGGAGAUGAGGAAGGCAGGUUGAUGGAAGAAGAAAUGCUGAGUGAGGGAGAUGAGAGUGUGGAGGAGGGGGAGUAUGCAAAAGAGGAAUACAUUGAAGAAGAAAACAAGGAACAGGUUAAAAGUGAGGGAAGAGGUGAGAGUGAGGAAGAAGGUGAAGAUAGAGAGGACAAAGAAAAAGAGGUAGAUGCAGAAGAGGGAGAACAUGAAAAUGAAAACAAAGAGAGGGAGAAUGAAAAAGACAAAGAGGAUGAAGAGGAGGAGUUAGAACAAUCAUUGGCAGGGAGGGAUGAAGAAGAGGAAGGAGAUGAACAGGAAAAUGAUGAAAACAAAGAGAGGGAGAAUGAAAAAGAUGAGGGUGGAGAGGAGGAGUUAGAACAGUCAUUGGCAGGGAGGAGUGAAGAUGAGAUAUCUGAAGAAGAACAGGAAGAGAAUGCAAAUAGGAGAACUAAGAAGGUAGAAGUGGACAGAGUGGAAGAAGAAGGAGAAGGAGAAGGAGAAGGAGAAGGAGAAGGAGAAGGAGAAGAGGGGAAGGAUGAAGCUGAAGAGAAAAGAGAAGAUGAGGAGGAAGAGGAGGAAGGAGCAGCGGCAGAAGCAGAAGGGGAGGAGGGGGAAGAAGACGAAAAUGUGGAAGAAGGAGAAAAUGAAGAAGAGGAAGGGGAAGAAGAAGGAGAAGAUGAAGAGAUAGAGGGGGUGGGAGAAGAGGAGGAACAAGAAGAGGGAGAACAGAGAGUUGAAGAAGAAGGAGAAGGAGCAGAGGAAGGAGAGGGAGAAGAGGGAGUGGAAGCAGAAGAGGAGGAGGAAAAAGAAGAGGGAGAGGAAGAAGAGGAAGAAGAAGAAGAAGAAGAAGAGGAAGAAGAAGAAGAAGAAGAAGAAGAAGAAGAAGAAGAAGAAGAGGAGGAGAAGGAGGAGGAGGUGGAGGAGGAAGAAGAAGAAGAAGAAGAAGAAGAAGAAGAAGAAGAAGAAGAAGAAGAAGAAGAAGAAGAAGAAGGAGGGGAGGAAGAAAAGGGAGAGGGAGAGGGGGAGGAGGAGGGGGAAGGAGAGGGAGAGAAGGAAGAAGGGGAAGAAGGACCACAGGGUGAAGGAGAAGAGGAGAAAAUGGAUGUGGGAGAGGAGGACAAAGAGGAUAAGAGAGAGGAAGAAGAAGUAGAGGAAGAGGAAAAAGCAAAAGGUAAAAGAAAAGAUGAUAGUAAUAAGCUUCCACAAACGAAAAGCAAAACCAGGAAGCCAGAGAAGACAGAAAGUACUGCUUUACCAAACAGCUCUAAACAGAAAAUUAAGUCCAAGCAGCAUGUAGCAAGUCGUUCACAUAAUUCAGAACAAUUUUGGAACAAUGUGCUACCUCAUUAUUUAACACUAAAGUAGCAUAGACUACUGGAGAUGCAUUUUAUACCUAUUCAGGAAACUUUGGGAUUAUGGCAGGUUGAUUUUUAUUACUUAAAAUAUGUUUUAAAUGUAGUCAAAAUAUAUUAUUAUGGAAUACUUUUAAAGUGCCAAUUUCUUGAAAAGCACUGAAGAAAGUGUUUAGAUUUGGGAAGCUUUUAUGAGAGAAACCACGUAUAUUGUUGAUAGAAUUAUUUACACAAUCAUCUUUAUCAUACGUGACACAAAAACAUAUCUGCUGAGGAGGGAAAAUGUGUUUGCCUCAAUUAAAUUCUAAUGUCAUACUGACAAUAUGAAUUAUACAUUGUAACAGUGUAAUUUUCUUUGCCUUUUAAUCAGAUUUUUUAAGGUAAUGCAUCAGGUUUAGUUGCAGGAGAGCUUGCUCAUUUAUGUGCCUUGUAUGAAAGGAGUGUCAGUAAAUUAUCAAAGAUACAUAUUUUUAAAUUUUGGUAUGAUUCCCUCUAAUUUCCUUCCGUUCAUAUAAUGGUAAAAUUUUGAGUACACAGCAUAAAUUAAGGAAAGGACAAGUUGCCAAAUUUACAUCAUGUGGUAAGUGGCAGACAAAUGGAAAUACAGGCCUGGGUAAAUGGUGGCCUGGGCUUUUUUGAAGGCCUUAAUGUUGACUUCUUAUUUUUGGUGUCAGCACACAAUCAUAUGUAAAAAGGCAAAUACAAGUCUCAGAAUCUGAUGUAGUUUACAUUAGAGUCAGAAUGCAUCUGUUUAGCAAGGUUUUUUAUUAUCCCAUUUGGUGAUUAGACAUAAUCAAGAAUUUGAAAAUACACACCUGUAAAACAUUAUUUACUUGUGUAUACUGUGCAACAAACAGAAGAUUCAAUAUCUGCCUACAAAAGACUAAAUUACAGUAGUCAUCUAACUCUAAGGCUCUCAAACAUGGGAGUACACUUUGUUGCAAUGUGAAUUGUAUAUAUGUUUUCAAGAUCAGAGCCUAAGCUUCUCCUCAUUGGAGAGAUGUGUAUUUUUCCCUCCUAAAAAUCACAUCUAUUGUCUCCAGAAGUUGAUGAUGUAAUAAACAAAGAAGACAGAUGGAAUAGUAGAGAAAAUGGUAUCAAAGUCUGAAUUCUUUUUUGGAAAAGCAAAGUAUAUUAAUACUUCUAGAGCUUCCUUAAAAUUCACAUACAAAUCAUGCAAAUUAUUUUUGUGACUUUGUAAGAUACUGCAUUACUGUUUCAACUAUUAGUGGUCAGACUGUCAAAAGAAUGGAUAGGAACUCAUCAUAUUGCUUUAUUACUUAAAACACUGUGGGUGGUCUGUGAAGUUUCUUUAAACAGAUCUCAGUAUUGAUAUUCUCUAGCUAAAAAGUUAUUUACACCCUGUUUGAAAAUGAGGACAGCAGAAGAAGGGAUAAAAAAUAAUAGAUGUCAUUCAAUAAACACGCUAAUGGAAUAAAUACUUAUGUUGAGAUUAUGAAACAUUUUUAACGUUGUUUUGUAAGAUACUAGCAUUAAACUAUCUUUACCACAAUGUCUCCAGAAUUUAUUUUCUUAAAAAGCUGUGGUAGAUUAGUAGUUUCCCAGUAGAUUCUAGUCCAGUUUGAUCCUUCUUACCUCAGUUACCCCUUCGUAUGCCACAUUUGAAGGUAAGGUCACUUUCAGUCACAGACCGUAUGCCCUAACUAUAGCAAAAAGUUAAUUCAGUGACUGUAUUUAGUCCCUGUGAAAUUUGUUUCAAGUUUUGGGAUUUUCUGGAAUAUGUUGUCUUGACAUCAGCAUGCAUAAUCCUUCAGAAGAGGGUAAGUAUCUUCAUAUUCUGAUAGAGCAGAAUAUUUUAACAGUUAAAUGCACUUCCAAGAAAACAGCUCUCUCUGGCAAUUGAGUUCUCAGUUAUUUAGCAGAAGUGCUACAUUAUCACUGAACUGCUGUGAAAAUAUUUACUUUUGAAACUAAGUGGAGUUAAGCUGUGUUACUUUAUCAUAGGAAAGAUUAGGAUGUUACUGUGAUUAAACUUGGAGUAAUAUUGAGAAGUGUUUUUCUAGGGCUAAAACUGUGUUUCUUGGAUAUGAUUUAUACUUAUUUGUGAUUCUAAAAUUCCACCUUAGAAGAGAACUGUGCUGUGAAAAAAAUCUGCUCUUUCUUAUGAAAAAUAUUUGGGGGGGGGAGCAG